UGAUAUUACACGACGACAGCGCUCUUGGACUGUCUUUCACAUAACCAUCAAAUACCCAGGUAAAAUCUUCACCUUUGAAAGGAUGGCAGACCCCGGCAAGACAGAGACUGAACAAGUCUUCAAGGUGCUCAGAGCACAGAAAGGGAACAAGAUGUGUUUCGAUUGCCAGGCUCGAAAUCCGACAUGGUCAAGUGUUACAUUUGGAGUUUAUAUCUGCCUGGAUUGCUCUAGCGUGCAUCGCAACAUGGGCGUGCACAUUAGUUUCGUCCGAUCGACUAAUCUUGAUAGUUGGCAGCUGAAUCAGCUAAGGACUAUGAAGGUGGGCGGCAACGCGUCGGCGACGGAAUUUUUCACCCGGCACGGAGGUGCUUCCCUGCUGAGUGACUCAGAUCAAAAGAAGAAAUAUUCUGGUAGAGUGGCAGAAUUGUAUAGAGAAGAACUUGCCAAACGUGUCAAAGAGGAUGCUGCUAGAUUCCCUGCCCGUGUGGUCGUUGAUGGCACUGAUGCAUCACCGUCCGUACUUUCUACCGAAUCAAAGGAAGAUGAAGAUUUUUUCUCAUCCUGGGAUAAACCUGCCACUCCAAAAUCAUCAACAAGUCCGUCAACUGGUACUACCCCACCUCCUGUAAUUGGCCGCCCUUCUUCUGCAGGCCCUGCAGGCUCACGAACUGUAACGUCGUCGUCCCUUCGCUCCAGCUCCACGCCAGCUGCACGUCCUGCGAAGCUUGGUGCAUCUCGCCUAAACUCCUCUAGCACUACCUCCUCGACUAUCGCCCCUUCUGCAGCACCCAAAAAGUCUAAACUCGGUGGCCUUGGCGCGAAAAGAGCCGCAGCACCCAUAGAUUUUGCUGAGGCUGAGCGAAAGGCUGUCGAGGAAGCCGAACGGAUCAAACAACUAGGAUAUGAUCGACAGAGGGAGGAGGAGGAAGAACGAGCUAGAAAGGAAGCGGGGAAGGUACAAGCAGCCUCACAGGCCAAGGCCAAGGUUUCCGAAGUGGGGAGUAAGGCAAAUGCUGUUCCUGGUAAAGUAGAUAUACAGAAGGGUAAUAGCCAGGACUUAGAGAGACUAGGGAUGGGCUUCCGUAAAUUGGGCUUUGGUGCUGUUCCCUCCGCUGCCGCUGCAUCAACUUCGAAGGCGAGUUCAUCUGGCGCCGACGAUGCGCCUACUACAGCGCGUGACAAAUUCGGUAACCAGAAAGCGAUUUCAUCAGACAUGUAUUUCGGCAGAAAAGAUUACGACCCGAACACUGUUUCUGAGGCUCAUUCGCGUUUGCAAUCGUUCCAGGGAGCAACCUCGAUCUCUUCAAACCAAUAUUUCGGACGUGAAGAAGAGGAUGAAUUUGAACGGGCUGGUGGUCCUGAUGGGGGCAUGUUAGGCGAUGGAAGUCUCGCCGGCUUUGAAGUAGCUGCAAGAGAUGCCAUCUCGAGAGUCAUGGCAAACCCUGAUGUGCAGAAUGUAGGAGAGAGUAUCAGAGCUGGCGCAUUGAAGCUGUCGGAUUACCUCGCCCAGAUGUCGGAGCGUUGAUGAUUUUGGACAAAUAGUAUCGUUUUAUCGUAGAUAUCUUUGUCGCUGGUUUGCCUUGUUUUUCUUCCUUGCCAUUGACACAUACAUGGUUAAUUUACAAUUCCUGAAGUCGCUUUUUCUUUAGAAUGGAUUCUAUAGUUUGAGAAAAUCGUUUACAAUUGUUUUCCUC